AUGGAAAAGAGGUUGUCAUUAGAGUCGAGGCUCAUGAAUGCACCCAAGACGUUUAGAGGUGUUUUUUUUUCUUUUUCCGCCUUCAGUUUGGUGUGGGCCCUCUGCAUCAUCACUGAGGCUCUUGGGCCAACUUGCGCUUGCCAGCCGGCGACCACGUCAUGGCGUCACCUCCCUGGGGCCUUGAAGCACGUAUCAGUGGGCCUGUCAGGAGUAUGGGGCGUCAACGUUCACGAUAACAUCUACUACAGAGGCAACUCGUACGGUGAGGAAGAGAGCGCAACCUGUGCGGCCUGGCAACAAAUCGGUGGGGCUCUAAAACAGCUUGACGUGGGGAAGAACGUAGUGUGGGGCGUAAACUCAAACGAUAACAUCUAUUACAGACAAGGCAUAUCCGCGACUAAUCCAACUGGUACGGGAUGGGCACAGGUGUCUGGGGCCUUGAAACACGUCAGUGUUAGUCAAAAUGGGCAUGUUUGGGGGGUCAAUAGGAAUGACAACAUCUAUCACCGCAUUGGGGCAAGCAACUGCAACCAGGGCGGGGACUCUUGGAGGCAGAUUGGAGGGGCAUUGAAGCAGAUCUCAGUGGGUAACUCCGGGGUGUGGGGUGUGACUGCGGGCGAUAAUAUCAAAUACAGGGUGGGUACUUACGGUGACCUGCCCACUGACCCAGACGCUACGAGGUGGAAACAGGUCUCAGGCGCGCUCAAGUAUAUCAGUUCGGCUGACAUGGUGUACGGGGUUAACGCCGGGGAUGCGAUCUACUAUCGAGGGGGUGUGACGCCCGCCACACCCUGGGGUAGCACUUGGCAUAAGAUCGGAGGGGGCGCAAAGCAAGUUGAGUCUCUGUCGUGCCUGGUGUGGGUAGUCAACUCCAGCGACAAUAUUUGGAAAAAGAAAACUGACUAAAAGGGAUUCUCGAUCAGGAAGGCAAACGUACGACACACUGCAAAUCUAACAGCAGUGUCAAUUUGACACCGGUGGUAU